CGCGCUGCACUAUAAGGAGCGCGGGCUGAGACCUCCUUCCAGAAGUUCCCCGGCGCUCCGCCAGAGGGAGUGUCUCGCUGCCUGGGGGCUGCAGCGCGGGACGGCUCGGGCUAGAGCGGCCUCAGCGCCCGGCGGUCUGACGGCGCCCUCUCGCCCCAGGUGCCAGCGCGCGUGGGGAGCAGCUGCACCAGGUGGCGUCCGAGGUGGUGUCAAUGAAGCGCAGCCUGAAGAAGAUGUGGCGCCCUGGAGAAAAGAAGGAGCCCCAGGGCGUGCUGUAUGAGGAUGUGCCGGACGACACGGACGACUGCAAGGAAUCGCUGAAGGUGGAUUUUGAAGGAGGUGCAUAUGGAUUACAAAACUUUAAGGAACAAAAGAUAUUAAACAAUUGUGAUGAUAUGAAUGCCUUCCCCUUGCAAGAUGCUGUAGGAGAAGGUCAAUUUUUGUGGAUGGAGAUAAUAUCUGAAGAUUUAAUUUACAAAGAUGAUUAUGGAAAUACCUUUCUGCAUUAUGCUGUAGAAGAAAACCAGAUUGAAAGUGUUAAGUUUCUUCUCAGCAGAGGAGCAAACCCAAACAUCCAAAAUUUCAAUAUGAUGGCACCCCUCCACAUAGCUGUGCAGCAUGUGCACAAUGAGGUGAUGAAGGUCUUGCUUGAGCAUAGAAGUACUGAUGUUAAUUUGGAAGGAGAAAAUGGAAACACAGCUGUGAUGAUCGCAUGCACCAAAAAUAACAGUGAAGCACUGCAGAUUUUGCUUAACAAAGGAGCUCAGCCACGUAAAUCAAAUAAAUUUGGAUGUUUUCCUAUUCAUCAGGCUGUACUUUCAGGUUCCAAAGAAUGCAUGGAAAUAAUAUUAAAGUUUGGCGAAGAGCAUGGGUACAGUAGACAGUUGCACAUCAGCUGUGUGAAUAAUGAGAAAGCCAAUCCUCUCCACCUGGCUGUGCAAAAUGGUGACUUAGAAAUUGUCAAAAUGUGCCUGAACAAUGGUGCACAAAUAGACCUAGUGGAGAAGGCAAAGUGCACAGCCCUUCAUUUUGCUGCCCAUCAUGGAGCGACUGAGAUUGUUAAAUUGUUGAUAUCAUCCUAUUCUGGUGGCAUGGAUAUUGUUAAUGCAGCUGAUGAAAGCCAUCAGACUGUACUUCACAGGCAAAGCUAAUUAUUUGAUCACCAUGAACUAGCAGACGAUUUAAUUUCAGUGGGAGCAGAUAUUAAUAGCAUCGAUUCUGAAGGACACUCUCAACUUAUAUUAGCAACUGCUUCUGCAUCUUGGAAUAUUGUAAAUUUGCUACUCUCUAAAGGUGCCCAAGUAGAUAUAAAAGAUAAUUUUGGACAUAAUUUUCUGCAUUUAACUGUGCAGCAACCUUAUGGAUUAAAAAAUCUGCGACCCGAGUUUAUGCAGGUAAUGCAUACAUCAGAGCUGGAAAUGGAUGAAGACAACGAUGGGUGUACCCGUCUACAUUAUGCAUGUAGACAGGGGGAUCCUGGUUCUGUAAAUAACCUCUUUGGCUUUAAUGUGUCCAUUCAUUCCAAAAGCAAAGAUAAAAAGUCACCUCUGCAUUUUGCAGCCAGUUACGGGCGUAUCAAUACCUGUCAGAGGCUCCUACAAGACAUAACUGAUAGGAAGCUUCUGAAUGAAGGGGACCUUCAUGGAAUGACUCCUUUCCAUCUGGCAGCAAAGAAUGGACGUGAAAAAGUAGUUCAGCUUCUUCUGAAAAAGGGUGCAUUGUUUCUCAGUGACCACAAUGUCUGGACAGCUUUGCAUCAUGCAUCCAUAGGUGGCUACACUCAGACCAUGAAGGUCAUUCUUGAUGCUAAUUUGAAGUACACAGUUCACAUAGAUGAAGACGGGAACACUGCACUUCACUUUGCUGCAAGGGAAGGCCAUGCCAAAGCCGUUGCCCUUCUUCUGAGCCACAAUGCUGACAUAGUCCUGAACAAGCAGCAGGCCUCCUUUUUGCACCUUGCACUUCACAAUGAGAGGAAGGAGGUGGUUCUUAUGACCAUCAGGAGCAAACGAUGGGAUGAAUGUCUUAAGGUUUUUAAUCAUAAUUCUCCAAGCAAUAAAUGUCCAGUUUUGGAAAUGAUAGAAUACCUCCCUGAAUGCAUGAAGGUACUUUUAGAUUUCUGCAUGUUGCCUUCCACAAUGGACAAGUCCUGCCAAGACUACCACAUCAAGUAUAAUUUCAGAUACCUUCAAUGCCCAUCAAAAUUCACAAAAAAUGUGACACCGACACAGUCUGUCACAUAUAAACCUCUUGCAGCCCUCAAUGCAAUGGUACAAUAUAAUCGCACAGAGCUUCUUCAUCAUCCUGUGUGUAAAGAGGUAUGUGGGUAUUAAGUAGUAUUUACUGUUUAAUGGUUGGCUUAUGAAUUUAAAGCCCAUAUGAUACAACUAGGAUUUUACUGUCUUGGUCUCAUACCUAUGACCUUUCUUGUUGUCACUAUAAAACCAGGAAUGGUUUUCAACUCAACUGGAAUCAUCUAUAAAACUAGUGAUUAUUCAGAAAUACUAGAUACCAUGAAUUCAUGUGGAGUAAAAACAUGUAUGAUUUUAGUUUUUUCCUCAAGUAUAUUUGGGUAUUGCAAGGAACUGCUCCAAAUUUUCCAACAGAAAAGGAAUUACUUUAUGGAGAUUAAGGAUAUUGUUGAAUGGAUUAUCUACACAACAGGCAUCAUUUUUGUGCUGCCCUUGUUCACUGAAAUACCAUACGCUCAUGUGCAAUGGGGAUGUGGAGCAAUGGCUAUUUACUUCUAUUGGAUUAAUUUUGUAUUGUAUCUUCAAAGAUUUGAAAAUUGUGGAAUUUUCAUUGUUAUGUUGGAGGUAAUUUUGAAAACUUUGUUGAGGUCUGCAGUUGUAUUUGUCUUCCUUCUUUUGGCUUUUGGACUCAGCUUUUACAUCCUCUUGAAUUUUCAGGUGGAACUCCAUACCAACUUAGAAAAGAAGCUGUCAGGUCGUUGGAUACACAAAGGGGAUGAGAAAUCCACCACUGUGUAUCCCAGCAACCCAGAUUUGGUGGGAAAUUAUUUGUAAGUACACAUAAAGAAUAACACCAACAACCUGAUACUGCUUGACGUCUAUUCUUUGUAUUAUCCCUAAGGGGCUCAUUUUAUAGACUUAGAGCCUUCUCUGCCUGUGAGAAAGAAAUAGUUGUGCUUUUUCAAAAAAUGAAUAUGAUUAACUCAAGAUGUGAAAGGACUGAGUGAGAGGACGGUGAAAUUUACCCUCCUCUUUCAGGCGGCUCAUCCAUAGCAUCUGUGUUAAAGACGCACUAUCCCUGUGAGAGCCGAUGGGUGGGGGACCAACUGUACCCUUUCAGUAUCUCUUUUACAAUACAGAUAUACUUUGUCUUUCCUAGUGUCACUGUUUUUCCACAUGUCAAUUACAUUUGUGUGUAGAUAUGUAUGUGUGUAUGUAAGGCUAAGUGUUUAUGACACAUUUACACACACAUUUACACACACACACAGUAUUAAUCCAUUUUCACACUGUUAAAUAGAACUGCCUGAGAUGAGACUGGGUACUUUCUAAAGGAAAAAGGUUUAAUUGACUCACAGUUCUGCAUGGCUGGAGACCUCAGGAAACUUACAAUUAUGGCGGAAGGGGAAACAAGGCACUUUCUCACAGGCAUCGGGAAGGAGAACGAGCGCAGGAGGAACUACAAAACACUUAUAAAACCAUCAGAUCUUGUGAGAAUUCACUAUCAUGUAAACUGCAUGAGGGAAACUGCCACUAUGAUCCAAUUACCUUCACCUGGUCUCUGCCUUUACACGUGGGCAUUACGGGGAUUAUAAUUCCAAAUGAGAUUCGGGUUGGAGACACAAACCCUAACUAUGUCAUUCCAGCCUAGGCCCUGUCAAAUCUCACGUACCUUUCACAUUUCAAAACCAAUCAUGCCUUCCCAACAUCCCACAAAGUCAUAAUUUAUUCCAGCACUAACUCAAAAGUUGGAGUCCAAAUUCUCAUCUCAGACAAGGGAAAUCCUUUUGCCUAGGAGCCUGUAAAAUCAAAAGCAAGUUAGUUACUUCCAAGAUACAAUGGGGAUACAGGCAUUGGGUAAAUGUUCCUGUUUCAAAUGAGAGACAUUAGCCAAAACAGAGGGUUUACAGGUCCCAGGCAAGUCCAGAAUCUGGCUGGGCAGUCAUUAAACCUUAAACUUCCAUGUGACUCCAUGUCUCACAUCUAGGUCAUGCUGAUGCAAGAGGUGGGCUCCCACAGCCUUGGACACCUCCAUCUCUGUGGCUUUGCAGGUUACAGCCCCCCUCCCUGCUGCUGUCACGGGCUGGCAUUGAGUGUCCACAGCUUUUCCAGGUGCACGGUGCAAGCUGUCAGUGUAUCUACCAUUCUGGGGUCUGGAAAAUGGUAGCCGUCGUCUCACAGUUCCACUAGGCAGUAUCCCAGUGGGGACAGUGUGGGGGCUCCCACCCGACUUUUCCCUUCCACACUGCCCUAGCAAAGGUUCUCCAUGGGAGCGUCACCUCUGCAGCAAAUUUCUAGCUGGACAUCCAGGCAUUUCCGUACAUCAUCUGAAAUCUAGACGAAUUUCCCAAACAUCAGUUCUUGACUUCUGUGUACUCACAGGCCCAAUACCACAUGUAAACCACCAAGGCUUGGGGCUUGCACCCUCUAAAGCAAAGUUUUGAGCUAUACCUUGGCCCCUUUUAGGCAUGGAUGGGUCACAAGGUACAAAGUCUCAAGACAGCAAGGCCCUGGGCUGGGCCCACAAAACCAUGUUUUCCUCCUAGGCUUCUGAACCUAUGGUGGGAGGUGCUGCCAUAAAGACUUCUGACAUGCCCUGGAGACAUUUUCCCCAUUGUCUUGGUGAUUAACAUUUGGGUCCUAAUUACUUAAGCA